CGUCCUGCCCAUCUCAGGUGGUAACUUUACCUGGAUCACCUGCUGACCCCAAAAUCUUACUCCACUCCAAUCACUCCCCAUUCCAAAACCCGACGAGCCCCUGCAAAUCUCACCCCGCCCGCUCCACCACUCCUCCAAUGGCGCUCCGCCUCGGCUGCCUCCGGCCCCAGCACCGCACCGGCGCCAUCCAUCUCGCCGCGGCGCUGUGCGCGCUCCUGCUCGCGCUGGCGCCCGCCUCGGGCGCCACCUACGUGCCGCUGCUGGGCAUCAACUACGGCCGGGUGGGGAACAACCUCCCGCCGCCACAGGCCGCGCUACCCCUCCUCCGCAACCUCGGCAUUUCCCGCGUGCGACUCUACGACCCGGACCCGGCCACGCUGCGCGCCUUCGCUCGCACCGGCAUCGAGCUCUACGUCGGCGUCCCGGACCAGGCCCUCGCCACGGUCGCCGACCCGGCGGGCGCCACCGCGUGGCUCAAGUCCAACAUCCUCCCCUCCCUCCCGGACACCAAGAUCGUCGCCCUCACCGUCGGCAACGAGGUGCUCACGGGCAACGACACGGCCCUCAUCCGCAACCUGCUCCCCGCGAUGCAGGCCCUCCACGACGCGCUCGCCGCGGCCAACCUCGACAAGCAGAUCGCCGUCACCACCGCGCACAACCUCGGCAUCCUCGGGACCUCCUACCCGCCCUCCGCCGGCGCCUUCCGCAAGGACCUCCUCCCGGUGCUCUGCCCCAUCCUCGACUUCCACGCCCGGACCGCCUCCCCCUUCCUCGUCAACGCCUACCCCUACUUCGCCUACUCCGACGACCCCAAGGGCAUCCACCUCGACUACGCGCUCCUCGAGCCCUCCUACCCCGGCGUCCCCGACGCCAACACGGGCCUCCACUACCCCAACCUCCUCGUCGCGCAGGUCGACGCCGCCUACCACGCCAUCGCCGCCGCCAACAGCGCCGCCGCGCGGACCGUCGAGAUCCGGGUCUCCGAGACCGGCUGGCCCUCCGCGGGCGACGCCGCCGAGAAGGACGCCGCCACCCCGCAGAACGCCGCGCGCUACAACAGCAACCUCAUGCGCCUCGUCGCGCAGUGGAAGGGCACCCCGCUCAAGCCCGCCGUCCCGCUACGCGUCUACGUCUUCGCGCUCUACAACGAGAACACCAAGCCCGGCCCGGCGUCGGAGCGACACUACGGACUCUUCAACCCCGACAGCACGCCCGUCUACCAGCUCACCUAUAUCCCCGCGCACGUCCCCGGCGGCGGCGGCGCUGGAGACAACACCACCGGCGGAGACAACGGCUACUACGACAUCUCCGCUGCGGCGCCACAACCCACGGGUCGGUGGUGGACAUGGGCGCAAGCUGCUGUGGCAGGAGGUGUCGCUCUCCUGAUGCGUGCAGUCUGAGGUACUGAGAUCAUCAUCAUCAUCCAAUGUGUCACUCUCUCGUCUUAAUGGCUGAGAUUUGAGGUAGGUAGAUAGGAUGGAAUGGAAACAGCUCUGGAGCAACGGUGCUAAUGAUCGUGAUCUUGUCAAUGGCGCUCCUUUGUUGCUGUGAUUGCCGAGACCGAGAUGUGGGUAAGCUAAUUACAUGCUUCAUUUGGUGGCAUCCAAGCUAGAUGCCGUAGAAAAUUGUUGAUCCCUUGUGAGUAACAUUGACCGAAUUCAUUGUGGUGUAAUUGCCUUUUGGGAAAGCUCUCUAAAGUAGAACUCCUAUCUACAAAUGUACUGUUGCUUUGUGAGCGGCAUAUGCCCCAUUUCCAAAUAAAUGAAGAAAUUCGAAUGCAUCAA